AUGGCCGACUUUCACCAGCAGCAGCCUUUGGGGGCCGCUGUUGCUGCUCCUCCCGACCAUGAACCCCCGCCCGAGCAGCAACGGGUGAGGAAACGUCGCAGGCGCACCAUGGCAUGUAUGCAGUGUCGCAGCAGAAAACUCCGCUGCGAUCGUGAGUAUCCCGUAUGCAGUCGCUGUCAGAAGAGCAAGACGCCCAAUAAAUGCACUUAUGAGGAUGGCUUCCUCUGGCAGCAACCCAAUACAGUUGCCUCGCCCGUUUUCUCCGAGCGAGGUCCCACAACCACGGUGCAAAUGCCCCAGGCUGAUCGGGCGACUGCCCACCCUACCCCGGACUCGGGGAUAAGCAGUCUGGCCUCUCGGUGUCAUCCCUCGCAUCCCGUCGAGGAAAAACGCGAUAAAUUUCUGGAAACCGUCUUGGGUGCCCCCAAGGCCGCUGUCAACCAGGAGCCGUAUGUCAACACCGAGCUGCUCCAGCGCCCCCGCCACCCGCCCGAAUCCCAUCAUCAUUCCAACAACUCUCAACCCUACCCCGACGAUAACGAUGAGACUCCUACAUCGCCGUCGCAGCAACUGGACGUCUCCCCUCGGAUCAUGAUGCGAGGUAAAGAGACCAAAACCCGUUUCAAUGGGUCGGGCAUUUUUGCCAACCUUAUCGCGCAGUUCCCUGACCUCAGGUCCUUUGCGGAGGAGAUCCGUCAAGCCAGUCCGCAUCUGUCAGCGUUGCGGCCCGACUUGAUGAGAGUAAGGAAAGGGGUCUGGAAGAAAAAGCCUCUGAAUACGCCAUUUCCCACACCCACAACAAGUUCCUUGAUUCCAAUGCUCCCAUCACGUGCAGUGGUGGACGAGCUGGUCACCUUGUACUGCACCUACAUCGAAUCCACCCACCGGAUCCUUCACAUCCCAUCAUUCCUCAAUGAAUUGGAAACGUUCUGGGCGCAGCGCGAAUCGCCAGAUAUGGUCUCGCCGAUCUUUGUGGUGCAGCUUCUCCUAGUGCUUUCUUGUGCAUGGAACCUCGCCGAUUUCCAGACGCUGCAGAUGAAGAGCGAGGGGCAUCUGCAAUGUUAUACGGCCGUCGAGUGGGUCCUGCAUGCCGAGAAGUGGAUGGAGAACGCGCAUAUCAAGCGCCCGGAGUUGACCAGUCUCCGCCUGAAUACCUUGCUGAUCAUCGCCCUCAACAUCCAUGGCAUGAAACGCAGCCAAGCUUGGCUUGCGACGGGAACGCUAGUCAAGCAAGCCAUGAUGGCCGGAUAUCAUCGGGAUCCGACCCGGUAUAGCAGGAUCUCCGUCUUCAAUAUGGAAAUGCGCCGACGGAUAUGGACCACGAUCGUUGAAAUCGAUCUACAGGUAUCUCUCGAACGAGGCAUGCCACCGUCAAUCCAGGAAGCUGAUUACGACACGGCCCCGGCACUCAACAUUAAUGACGACGAGAUCCACGAGGACAGCACAGAGCUUCCGACGGCAAAGCCGUUGGAUGUCAUGACGGAUUGCUCCUUCCAAGCGGUCCUCGUACAAUCCCUUUCGCUGCGGCUCAAGGCCUGCGCGUUAAUGCACUCCCCACGAAUUAGCUGCCGAUACGAAGAUAUCCUGCACUUUGACUUCGAAUUGAACCGACACCUUUCCAAGAUCCCGACCUGGCCGACUUCAGACGUGGACAACUUUCAAACCGCGCACCGCGGAAUCCUUAUCCGAGCAAUGCUGGAAAACAAAAUCGGACACUCUCUCCUAUCCAUACACACACCUUUCGCCAUCGAGGCGCCAAAAGACUCCCUCUUUACACCGUCCGCUCGGGCUCGCUUAGAAGUAGCGUCGAUGAUUCUAUCCACGCAACGGCGCUUACGCGAAACCUCGCAACGGCUGUCUCUCUGCAAUAUGGGUGACUGGACCAUGCAGGCGUACUGCACUAUCUGCGAGCUUCUACAUCAGGGGCAAAUCACUAACGGCGCCUCCACUUUCCUAACCCGCACCCUCCCUGGACUCCCUGAAUCUCUGAUAUCCCUGGUGGAGGUGGUCCUGACGUGUCUCGAAUCCCGCCUUCUCCUUGUGGUCAAGGGAGCUAAGGAAUAUUUCUUCAUGUCGACCAUUGUCGCAUUGGUCAAAGUAGGUCUCUGGCCGAGCCAGGCGCAGAUCUACAAGCAGGAGGUUGUGGAGCGAGUCAUACUUUUUGCGCAGACCCUGUUUACACGACACGCCAAUUGCGCCCAUCUAGGCGAAUGGGGAUUGGGCAACUUUAAAACCAACCAAGUUCCCAGCUUGAAUGCAAACCCUGGACUGGCACCCCCGUUUGUCCCUGACGUGAGCAUGGGGCAAACUCCCCAAUUUGGCAUGAUGCCACCGGGAGGAGAUUUAGAUCCAUUCCUCGACGCCUUCGACUGGGGCGACCUAACCGGAUUCACGUUGCAGCAAUGA